CUAGAACUGAACUAGAACUGAACUAGAACUGAACUAGAACUGAACUAGAACUGAACUAGAAUUGAACUAGAACUGAACUAGAACAUAUAAAAUUACGCCGUUAAAUCGUUUACAAAUGUAUUUGUUACGUCCUUCUAUUCGGUAUGUAUGUGUAAGUGUAUGAAUAUGUUUCAAUCAGUUCUACAUCCUCAAACAAAAUGAGACAAACAAGCAAACGUCAUUAUAAACAGCCUGUUGAAUACCAACCAAUACAUACUUAAACACAUGCACACUCACAAUCAAACUCCAUAUAGAUUCCAGCAGUUUUAAAGGAGCUGAUGCAUCCUUUUGGGACAUCGAAACAUGCAUAUUUUCUAUGCUGUACAUAAAGUAGCAAUUUAGCAUAACAGAAUCGUCCUUUUGUAAUAGCAGUGAAAAUUUGACAAAUAACUAAUGUUUUAAUUUGUUCUAAACAACCUUCCCGAACUGCAUGGUUUUUUAUUUAAAGUAGCGAUACUGCUUACGUUUUUGUUGCUACUAUUUGUUGUGUCUGGUCAUGCAAAGUUGUAUUCAGAGAGGAGGUUCAGUUUUCUUUUUAUCCUGGCCAAGUGCGGUAGUGUUGUUGUUGUAGUUAAUCUUUUUAUAUACAUAUUUAUUAUUAUUUAUUGUUAAAAUUCGCAUUCCAUUUUGCGAAAGAAUCAAAUCUAUUGAUGCUUGUGUUAAUCGAUCUUUCUAUAUUUGCCAAACCUUUAUUAAUUAUUUCUCUUCGAAAAACUUAUCUAUGCAUAUGUAUUUGUAAAACUCGUAAACCGGAAAUCAAAUAAGUUCGUAAAAACUCAUAAAAAACUUUGCAUUUGAUUACGUAAAGAAAAAAAUAAAAGUCUUAACAACAUGGGAAAUUCCAUGAAUGUUAAUCAAAUCCAAACGGCUGUUGUUGAUCGUUUUAAGGCCAUUUCAUUAACCACCGAUGACAACGGUGUCAUACGUAUACGUUCUUUUUCGGAUGGUGGCGCCCAACUGGCUGCUCGUAUGGCACAGCGUAAUAGUCUAACACAUCAUAAUCAUGAUGAUCAUGUGCCCCCCAUUAGAGGAGCAUCGUUACAGUUUUGAUGUGGUAAAUAGACCACGUUAUACACGUACAUCUUGUACCA